AUGGUCGCUCAUUCAAAAGACCUGCCUCAGCAGAUCAACGCGGUCCUUGAUGCCGUUCACACCAAAAAAUCAGCCCGUGCUCGUCCUCUCCCUGCAGUCGCCCUUGUCAGCUUCAUUGCCGUCGUUAUCGGACGCUAUCUGAGCAACAAGCAGGCAAAGGCCAAGAAGGCCGCCGCUGCUUCCAAGGUCUCGACUGAGGGUACCAGCAGCAGUAGCUCCAAUGUGAAGGAGGGCAAGGUUGUUGCGCCUAAAAAGACCUCGAAACCCAUCAAGCACACUACACCAGAGACGUUUGCACGCAACCGCAAGUACUUCCCACCAUCCAAGGUCGCCUCGGCCGGAUCGUCUGCUUCCUCUGCAAAGUCCUCGGUUAAGGUCGGCGUCAACAAGGAGUUCUUCCGCCAGAUCGAGUCCAUCUUCAAGAUCUUGAUCCCCAGGCUGCACUGCAAGGAAACUAUGAUCCUGGUCCUUCAUACCACCUUCUUGGUUCUCCGUACCUACCUCAGUGUUGUCGUUGCCCGUCUUGACGGAGCUAUUGUCAAGGACUUGAUUCGCUACCUGCAAUCCAAGCUGUCAAUCGCAUUCCGUACACGCUUGACUCGCUACGUCCACGACCUGUACCUCAACGACCAGGUCACCUACUACAGGGCAUUGAACUUGGACGACCGCAUUGAGGGCGUUGACCAAUACAUCACCACCGAUGUCGCCAAGUUCUGUGAUUCUUUGGCAGGACUCUACUCCAACUUGGGCAAGCCCAUCCUGGAUACCAUCAUCUUCAACUACCAGCUGAUGCGCUCUAUCGGUGUCUCUGGAAUGGGUGGACUCUUUGUCUCCUAUGUUGUCACCGCCUUCUUGCUCCGCAUGGUCACCCCUGCCUUUGGUAAAUUGGCCGCCGUCGAGGCCAAGUUGGAGGCAAGUUCUUUUCAUAGCUCUCACUUUCGCGGUGACUUCCGCUCUGCUCACACUCGUCUGAUCACCAACGCCGAGGAGGUUGCUUUCUACAACGGAGCUGACUUGGAGCACUCGAUCUUGACCAGGACCUACAAGCGCUUGAUCCGUCACAUCAACUCGAUCUACAAGAUCCGUAUCGCCUACAACAUGUUCGAGGACUUUAUCAUCAAGUACUGCUGGUCUGCUGUUGGUUUGACCCUCUGUGCCUUGCCCGUCUUCUUCCCUGCCUUGGGAGGUGUUGACUCUGUCAAGGAUAUUGCCAGUGGAGACAAGGUGGUUGGUGCCCGUACCAAGGGCUUUAUCACCAGCAAGCGUCUGAUGAUGUCGUUGGCCGAUGCUGGUGGACGUAUGAUGUACUCUUACAAGGAAAUGUCCGAGUUGGCCGGUUCGACUCUUCGUGUCUACAACUUGAUCUCUGUCCUUCACCAGCUCCAGGCCGGUGAGUUCGAGGGACCUGCCCCUAAGACUGCUGCUGCUGGAUCUUCGGCCUCUUCCCAGGACGGCGAUGCCGAGGCUGAGUUCUACUCGAUGGCUGACAUUCGCGGCGUCAUGAACUAUGGUUACGAGGGUAUCAAGUUUGUCGGUGUGCCCAUCGUGACUCCUUCUCCCGGAAACGCUAACGGAGGCGAGGAAUUGGUGCGUAACUUGAACGUUGAUGUCAAGCCCGGCGACCACAUGCUCGUCACUGGACCCAACGGUGUUGGUAAGACUGGGUUCGCUCGUCUUGUCAGCGGUCUUUGGCCCGUCUUCCGUGGCGAGGUCUCCCGCCCCAGCCCCAAGGACAUCUUUUACAUCCCUCAGCGCGCCUACUUGUCGAUUGGAUCGUUGAGAGACCAGGUUAUCUACCCUCACUCGCACGCCGACAUGAUCAAGGCCGGCCGGACAGAAGAGGAGUUGAUGACCAUCUUGAAGCAUGUUCACUUGGCCUACAUCCCUGAUCGCGAGGGAGGCUGGGACACUGUCAAGGAGUGGAAAGACGUCUUUUCUGGCGGAGAGAAGCAAAGAAUGAACAUGGCAAGAUUGUUCUAUCACAAGCCCAAGUUCGCCAUUUUGGACGAGUGCACGUCUGCGGUCAGUUCGGAUGUUGAGGGAUUGAUGUACAACCACGCCAAAGAUGAGGGUAUUACCCUUAUUACAAUCUCGCAUCGUCCUGCACUGUUCAAGUACCACUUGCACUUGCUCAAGUUGACGGGCGACCACGGCCACUGGGAGUUCUCGACCAUCGGAACAGCAGAGGAGCGUCAGUCGGUUGAGAACGAGAUUAAGUCCUUGCAGGCCAAGUUGGACGAGGUUGAGGACCUGAAGAAGCGCCACGCUGAGAUCCAGAAGGAGCUCGAGGUUGGACUGAACGCUGGUCCUCAAGACGGCACCAAGGUCCAGAAGCGUGGACUGUUCUAG